CGAGUUGUUAGUGUCAGGAGAUGCUCAAGAGCGACAAGUCAGUGACAAAAUGACAGGCGCCAUUGUCCUGCCUUGUGCCUUGUGGUGAAAUGCAGCUGGCCGCCUUUUGCCAGCCAGCUGGGACCCUUGCUCCCGUCACCUUGUUGGAAACAAAGUACGGUGACAUUAACACGGACAGGGCACAUCCAUCCGUUCGCAUCAGGGUAUUGAUGGGAGACCAUUUCCAUUUCGCUAUUUCAUCCUUUGACAACUCCUCCUUGCCGUCCAUCCUUUUUCGCGUUCUUGAUUUCUUUCUCUCUUCUGCUAUCCCAUAUUCACAUCUACCAGAGAUCAUGUCUUCCACCACUGCUACCACAACUACUACGCACAACAACAUGACCGACGAAGAGCUUGACCGCGACUGGAAGCCCAAUGGCCGUCGCCCGCAAUCCACCAUUGCGCGCAACUUCUCCCAGGAGCUGAUGGACAUCUUCCGCAUCGACAAGGACAUCACCGACCUCGCCGACCAGACCGACAAGCGGUCAGUCUCCGCCAACGCCAACGCCAGCGCCACGAUUGACAUCGACCUCGAUACCCGAAAGCAAGAAGUCGACAAGAAGACGUCCGAACUCGAAGCCCUCGAGGCGCGUCUCCGUGAGAUGGAGGAGAAACUCAAGAGCCAGUACCCAGCAGCUGCCGUCGGCAACCAGGCACAGCCAUCACAGAUCCAGACCCAGAACCAGCAAAACAAGAGCAGGCCAGGGACCACGAGACAGAGCCAGCGGGCGCCAGUUUCCGGGGCGAUGCCGCCUACUCCGAUAGGAAGUGAAGGUGAAGUGGAAUCCCCGAUCGAGCCCGCUAGCCCCCGAACACCACGAGCACCCCGACCGCUUGAUCAGCCGUUCUUCCACGUCGCUACAUUUGCUUCCUCCGGAGAUGACGCAGCAUCCAUCAAAUCCAUCCAAACCGUAUCCGAGAGCUCCAGUUAUGCUGACUUUGUCCUUGUGGCCCCCAAUCCAGACGGCGACCGCGAGCGAUACCACUGAGUACCUCUACAAUAUUCUGAAUUUCGAGAGAUACCCCCCUAUGCCUCCUCAACCUUGUCGACAGCACUGAGGGUGGAGGAGGGAUCGGAAUUGCAUUACAACAAACGACGACAUCUACUGAGAUUUGCCGGCGAAUAACAACAACCGGG